UGUUUGCAGCUGCAGUCUGGUUUCAAUCAACAUACAACUAAAUUCUCAACUAAACUCUGGCGAGUAGCCUACGGACGAUUAGUAGCAAAAUGUUUACCACACUUAUAUUGAUAUUUUGCUGCAUCAUUUUGUAUUUUGUAUAUGACAAAUGGUGCAGGACAUACUUCCAGAGGUUGGGCAUCCCUGGUCCUCCUUCAAUCCCUGUCUUAGGAAACUUUACUGAGUGGUUUGUUGUGUUUCACGAUAGAUUUGCUGAAUAUUUCCAGAAAUAUGGCAAGAUCGUUGGAGUCUACAAUUUCCGGAAACCCACGCUGCUGGUCUCAGAUCCAGAUGUAGUGAGAAAAAUCCUGGUGAAAGACUUUGAUCAUUUUGUGAAUAGACAGGAAGCUGCUAUAAAGACGGACCUCUUAGCGGGUGGUAUGUUGGCUGCUAAGGAUGAGAGAUGGAGAAAGCUUCGAAGUCUCCUUUCUCCAUCCUUCACCAGUGUCAAGCUUAAAAGUAUGGUUCCAUUGAUGAGAGAAUGUGCUGAAGUUCUUGUUGAUAUCUUUACCAAGCGUGAAGAAGAGGGAAAAACUAUCGAAUGCAAAGAACUGUAUGGUCCUUAUGCCAUGGAUGUGAUAGGGUCGUGUGCCUUCGGUCUACGUGUCAACUCUCAAACCAAUCAAGAUGAGCCUUUCAUUAAAUAUGCCAAGCGAAUUUUCAACUUUAAUGUGACUAACCCAGCCUUUCUCAUUUCCAUGUUAUUUCCCUGGACUGCACCCAUUUUUAACUUUUUCAAGUUGGGGUCGGUGCCCAAGGAUAUAGAGCAGUUCUUCCUGGGAGUGUUUGAGAAGGCAAUAGCUGACAGACAAGCCAAUGGGGAUACCGGGAAAUCCGAUUUCCUUGAGCUGAUGAUGUCUGCUCAUAAGGAAGAUGACGAUGUGAAUAUAAUGAAUGAUGCUGAGGAUGAUAUUGCAGACUUGGCUCAGGAGACCAGCUGGAAACCAAAACAGAAGACUGCUCUCAAUAGGCAGGAGAUUAUUGGCAAUUCAAUAACCUUCUUGUUGGCUGGCUAUGAGACCUCCAGCACAGCUUUAGGGUUUGUCUCUUAUCUCUUAGCAACCAACCAACAUGUCCAGGAUCUUCUGGUGGCAGAGGUCAAGGAAAUGGCGCCCUCUCAGAGCGAUGUCACUUUUGAGACGGUAACGAAGAUGGAGUAUCUGAAUAUGGUUAUCAUGGAAGCCAUGAGGAUUUAUCCUCCUGGAGAAGUUCUAGAGCGUGUUUGCAACAAAGAAAUCACCUACAAUAAUAUCACCAUCAAGAAAGGACAAUAUAUCUUUAUUCCAAUAUGGAACCUUCAACAUGAUUCUGACCUUUGGCCUGACCCAGAGACCUUUGACCCUGAAAGGUUCAGCAAGGAUCGUCGAGGGAACAACCACCCGUGUGGAUGGCUGCCAUUCGGUAUUGGCCCACAUACCUGUAUUGGUGUCAGAUUCGCCAUGUUGGAGAUCAAAGUGGCUAUGGUCUGCAUCCUACAGAAGUUCCGUUUCGAUACUUGCCCUGAGACAGAGAUUCCUCCCAAGCUUGGUAAUCUUAGUUUCCUCACCCCUCCCAAUGGAAUCACCCUCCGCAUCACUCCUCACUCUCGCUACAACCUACGAAGCCGCUGAGCCGGUAUGUGGUAACGAUCAAAGCUCUCUACCUGAAAUAGUGUGAAUGUAGUCAUAACCUUGACCAACAUUAUUAAGAAUGUAUAUAUACUACAUUAGAACAAAGUAUUAUUGUCAUAGUAAAUUCCUUGGGACCAUUAGGAAAUUCUUUUGUUAUAUUGAAAUAUGUUAUAUCAGGGUUAAAAACAAUAGUAUUCAAAGAAGUGGGACAGGCAAAAUUGCCUUGUUGUAACUGGGGUUUGUUAUUUUACCAGUGUUCUUUAAAAUGAGUAUUCUACUCUAGUGCAUUAUAGGUACUUGGUAGGGUAUUGUGCAUUGUACAAAGUAGUCAGGACUUUUAAAGACCAAAUUUAGAAUUUUUUUGUCAUAUACGUUAAGGAGUGAUUUCAUAGACAGAAACGCAUUUGUGUUUUUAUAACUAGCUUCUACUGUAGUAUGGAUACUCUGCAGAAUAUUUCAGUAAAACAAAGUAGUCCAGGAUCUUUUUUUCAAAGACAAAAUCAGGAUACUUUUUGUCAUAUUAUUUAGGAAUCAUUUCAUAGCUAGAAACACAUGUUUAUGAAUUGUGAGAUAUGUUUAUGAUAUUCGAGUAGCUGAAUCAAUGCCCUAAUCAUUCCUGUAGUUUCAUCAAAUAUGAUUAUGUGUUUGCUACAGUCUGAGCCUCAUUUGGAAUCAGUCUGUUUUUAAUGUUCAGUGGCAUACAUGUAUGUUUUCCUUUUGUAAUGUUUGGUAGCUAUAUAUCAAACUUGUGCCUGAAAUAAUGAGAUCGUUGUCAUAGACUUGACCAAAUUUAAAAAGACAACACUGAUACAUGAUUUUAUCAGACUCGAUGUAAAAUGGUAGAAAUCAAUUUUAUAUGAUCCUGGAACUUUCUUUAACCACCCAAGUUAUUGAAAAGUUGCAUUUUCCCAUCCUUUAUUAUGCUUUGAAACAAUCAAUAUGUGACUUAAGUUAAAACUUGCCUCUUGUGCCAUCAUUGUACAGCACACUCAUACUCAAUCUCUAGAUAUAUUUUUGGUUAUUCAGGUAUGAUCCCCUAUCCCUUAUAAUUAUGUUAAUUACUUUAUUUUUUAUCCAAAUGAUUUUUGUAACUUUGUAAUCCUCAAAUCCAAAGGUGGAAACUUGUGAAUUAUUGUUGAGUGUUCAUUCUUUGACUUGAAUAAUGAGGAAUGUAUUAGAAGCAUACAUUGUCUUUCAAAUCUCUAAGUUUUGUAAUGAUAGAUACAUGUUUUCUUGUGUUGUCUCACGGUACUGAGCUCAAUUUUUUCAAUACAAACACCAUCACUUCCACGUCUAUAUUCUUUCUUUUUCUUCAUUUCAUUUAAUCUAUGUUCUUAUUACUCUCUAAUCAAAAUUUGCUCUUUAUAUCUGUUCAAGAAAUAAUGUCUUUCUUCUGGAUUGAAAGUUUUCUCUAUUGAAGUGAAAUAUUCUUAUUAUACAAUGUCAAAUGCUACGUAUUGAUAAUCUGAAAUAUAUAUUAUAAUGAGAUAUGAUACUGUUAGUCGAUGUGUAAUGAUUUUUUUUUUUUUUAAGUAUAGAAAGUCAAUGAGAAAAUAAAUUAGAGAAGACAUUCAAAA